AUGGGACUGUUGAGUAGCAAUGGUGUCACUCCAACUGCAGAAUCCAAUGAUUUGGAGUUGUUGAGUGAGGGUUUGGAUGGUGUGGGAAAGUCUGGUUCAAUUCAGCACUGCCAUGGGAGCGACAUGAACAACUCCACCGAUUUUUCUGAGUUGCAGCGACUGGCUUCUUUGCUUGAGGAAAUAUAUGGGCUGCUGGCCACUGGGUCAACUAUUGUUGUGCUAUCCAAGUCUGAGUUGGGGGAAAUGCUUGCGGCUAUUGAGAAGUACAGAGUGACCUAUUUGCCUCUUGUCCCGCAUUCUGUGCUUAGUGGUGGGGCACCCCUCAGCAAAGAGUUAACUGAAGAGUUUAUUUCUAGAUUUCCUUACAUCACAAUAAUGCACGGUUAUGGGCUGACAGAAACAACAGCAAUAGGAGCAUCCACGGACAGCCAAGAUGAGAGCAGACACUAUGGAACAGCAGGCAUGUUGGCCCCAAAUACCGAUGCAAAGAUAGUGGAUCCUGAUUCAGGCCUUGCUCUCCCUCCAAAUCAAAUGGGAGAGCUAUGGCUUCGGGGCCCAACCAUCAUGAAAAGCUACUUCAGCAAUCCAGAAGCUACUACUUCGGCUUUGGACGAAAAUGGGUGGCUGCGUACAGGCGAUCUCUGCUACAUUGAUAACGAAGGCUAUGUCUUUGUAGUGGACAGGCUCAAAGAACUCAUAAAAUACAAAGGUUAUCAGGUUGCUCCAGCAGAAUUAGAAGCACUUCUGCUCUCUCAUCCUGAGAUUGCUGAUGUCGCAGUGAUACCGUUUCCGGAUAAAGAAGCAGGCCAGGUUCCAAUGGCGUAUAUCGUAAGAAAACAGGGCAGUACACUCUUUGAAGCUACGGUUGUCGACUUUGUUGCCAAACAGGUGGCACCUUACAAGAAGGUUCGCAGGGUGGCUUUUGUGAGUGGGAUUCCAAAAACUGCAGCGGGCAAGAUACUAAGAAAGGACUUGAUCAAACUUUCUGCAUCAAGACUUUAAAGACAAAAGAUUUCAGUAUCCAGAGUGUCUUUAGAUAGAAGAAAUUAGAAGCAGGGAAGGGAACAUCUGACUGUUGCAAAUGCAAGCAAGUUAUGUAGUCUGUCACGAUGAAGACCAAGACCAAGAUCAGAGUUCCUCCAUUUAUACCUGCUCAUAGUAUUCUAGGAAAAUAUAAUCUAACAAUUAAUAUUGCUUCUGUUUGUUUGGACAUCAAAUUGGUGUUGUCCGUAGCAAAAACGAUUGUAGCCUUUCCACCAUACAAAUAAAAGUUGAGUUUGCACUUGCAUAUUAAUGUUCUGCUCAAAUUUUAUGUAAUGUACCAUCACAAGUUAGCAGAAAAAGUGAGUAAGAUUUAAUAUCAUAAACGUAGGGGUUUCAUAUGAAAAUUUUGGAUUAAGUAAAUGGGUAGGUCAGUUCGAAAUCACCCAAAGGUUGUACAUUUGACUUGGAUAUAUUUGUUCUAGGUCAGGAACGUUUGGGUGGCUUCCCAUGCCCCACACAUUGACAAAAAGUCGCAGCCUUCUACGAACUGCUGCGAAUGACCAGAGGAAUGGACUGAUGUAAACGAAAAGUUUCUUUCACGAAAAUUUCAAAGCCAAAAAAAAGUUCAUAUCCUUGAAACGAAAAAAAGUUCUAACUGGAAAACACAAAAGGUCCAGAUUUCCAGUCAAAGUAAAAGGCAAAAACUUUUUAAAAAUCAACAAAGCGUUUGCUAUUUCCCGACGUUUG